AUGUUAAAACUACAUCUGAAAACUAGACUCGCUCAAACAGUCUGCUUAUUCCGGCACCUGCCUGGCAGUGACAAGGGAAUCUCCAGAAGAAGACAAGAGGGAUCCGCACGUCUUUCUUCAUGUCGGCGGCUCUCGGGGGCCGGCCUCCGCCCGCACGCAUGGAGUGGACUCCUCUCACUAGGAGCGCCCACCCCACGGCGCCACCUGCCAGCCUCUUCGGCCGCCCAGGCCCGCCGUGCCGCCCCCUCAGUUGCUUCCCCGCAGGAGAGCCGGGAAGGCACCAGCUCCGCCUCCUCCGGCCCAGCGGGCUGCGGCGGCGGCGACGACGACGGCACGCGGCGAGGGACACGCGCUUUCGGAAUGCGAACGCUCUCCGUGCCGGAACAGCGCUCCCGCUGUCAGGCCGUGGCAGCGCAGGCCCAGGGAGCCUCGCCCACCCUCCUCCGGGCACCGCGACCCCGGAGACACUUGGGCCAGGAAUUUGAAUGGUGGAUUCCGUGGUUUAACCCCGUUUAUUUUAUAGAUAGGGACAGAAAUUCCCUGUUCAAAGUCACACAGUUAGAGCUUGGCAGGGACUCUCACCAGACUAUAAACUCUGGGAGGGCAGCGAUCAGCUUGCAUGGUUUUCAGCCGCGUCCCCACGUUAUUGGACAGGGCCCUCAGAAAAUGCUUGAUCGAGUAGGGCGACUGGCUCCCAGGAUCCGGCGCUUUCCACUCCCCAAAGCCCGUCACCCUAGUUGCUUUUGCCUGUGAUGCUUAUAAAAUACGAUUAUAAGAUUCGUUUUUA